AUGCCUCCGAAGAAGCAGCAGUUGAGGCCGACGACAACAGCAAAUGUCUCCAGCUCCUUGGACUUGGAGUCCGAGGAUUUCAGCUUGGAGACAACGGUACCGACCACCGACGACGUGUCCUCCUCCGACGAACAGAGGGACGGCUCCCAGAAGGUGACCCGCCAGCUCAUCGAGCGGAAGGAGCUGCUGCACACGGUCCAGCUGCUGAGAAUCGAGCUUUCCCAAAAGAGCCUCAUCAUAGACAACAUGAAGGCAGACAACUUGUCAAAGACUGAGGAACUGGAGGAGAGGCUGAACGACUGCCUUCAUCAGAAGCAAGUGUUGGCCCUCAGACUGGACAGCCAGCUGAAACUUGCCCAGGAAGAACAAAGGAAGCAGCAGGCUCUGCGGAAGCAGGAGAUGGAGGCCAUCCUGCUCAGGCAGCAGCAGCUGGAGGAGACCAACCGGCAGCUCUGCGAGAAGGCCGGCGAGCUGCGGAGGUCUCUGAGGGAUCUGGACAUCUCCCAGGACCGAUACCUGGAGCUCCGCAGCCUCCCAGAUGAUAAAAUCUCCAUACAGGAGUACGUAGCUGUGCGUUUCUAUGAAGCUAUGAAUCCCCUGAGGGAACAGCUGACUCAGCUAAAUGUGCAGAAAGGCCACUGGACCGAAGAGCUGGACUUAUACAGGACCAAGAUGAAGUCUUUAAUGGAGAGCUACGAGGAGGAGCGGCAAUUACGUAGCGAGCUGGAGCUCAGGAGCCAGAGACUGACCUUAGAGCUGGCUGACACCAAACAGCAGAUCCAGGAGGGAGAUUAUCGCCGAGACAACUAUCCAAAUAUCAAACGUGAUCGGGACGCCUUUGAAGCAGAGCUGAAAGAGUUAAAGAGGAGAUUUGAGACGGUGGACUUGGGUCACGCUGCCCUGACCAGAGAGAGGGACACACUCAGCAACGAGGUGGCAACAUUGCAGCAGUCCGUCACCCUCCUGCAGAAGGACAAGGAGUACCUGCACCGGCAGAACAUGGAGCUGAGUGUGCGCUGUGCACAUGGAGAAGACCGUCUCGAGAGGCUGCAGGUACAAUUAGAAGACACUAAAAGAGCCAGAGAGGAUGCCUAUGAAAAAUAUGUAACAUCCAGAGACCACUAUAAGUCAGAGUAUGAAAACAAGUUGAGAGAAGAGUUGGAGAACAUUAGGCUGAAAACCAGUCUAGAGAUAGAUAACCUGCAGAGAACUUCAAGAGAGAUGUAUGAAAGAGAGAACAGAAACUUGCGUGAGGCCAGAGAUGAUGCGAUGUUGGAGAAAGACAGAGCGGUGGCUGGUGAGAGGGACACCCAGUCCAGAUAUGACCAGCUGCUGGAGCAAUAUCGUCAGCUCCAGCUGGGCACCGACAGCCGGGUAGCAGAACUUUCCAACCAAGCCAAGCUGCACUCCUUUGAAGCCGAGCGCGCUCAGAUGCUGAAGGAAGAGACGGCUAAGGCCCUGGCCCAGUGUCAGGUGGAAUGCGAGAAACAGCAGAAAAAACUGGAGCUCCUCACUCAGGAGUUUUACAGGCUACAGACGUCAUCCGAGAAGCGUCUGGCUGAGCUGCAGGCUCAGAAUGCAGAGCAGGCAUCUCGACUGGAGACGUAUGAAAAGCUGGAGCGAGAGUUGGACCAGGUCACCAUGCAGGCUGCCGAAAUUGAGAAUGAGGAAGAGGCAGAGAGAGUGCUGUUCUCAUACGGCUACGGAGCCAACGUUCCCACAACGGCCAGACGAAGACUGAAGCAGAGUGUGCACCUGGCCCGCAGGGUGCUGCAGCUGGAGAGGCAGAACACAUCACUGAGGAGAGAGCUGGAGACACAGCAGUCACAGACAGGACAGAUAUCCGAGGAGCUCUCGGCAGCUAACCGGCUGUUGCAGCAGGCCCAGCAGCCGUACAGCUACCUGAUCGAGACGGUCAAACAACGGGACGCACAGAUCAGCGGGCUGAAGGAGCGACUCUCCUCUCUGGAGGGCGACGUCAGGUGUGUGGACGGCCGUACUUUUCUUUUUCUUUACAUGCUGCUGUUCCUUUGCCGUACCUCCAUGCCAUUCUUAAAUUCCCUUCUCAUCUUCCGCCCCCCUCUCUUAUUCGCUGUUUUAGCAGCUGUGUGCACGAGUUGCUCUUCGCCCAGGAUCUAUUUCCCAUCAAUGGCUGCCGGUUGUGUCGUUGAACCCAGCUCCCUGAGGAAAGAGCGCAGCGCUCUGCAACAGGUGAAAAACGACAUGGCGGCUGACCUGGAGCGACUCCUCAACCACAGAGAGGAGUUGGCCAUGAUGAAGCAGGUCCUGCUCAGCAUGAGGUCCAGACAGGGCGACACUCUGAACCUGUCAGAAAUCCAUCGAGCCGGCACCAGGGCCCCGGCUCCCGGAAAACCGCACUCCAAACGCCUCAGCGGGACCACAGAAGAGGAGUCGCCAACCAAACCCAAACCCACUGUGUUUACCAAUAAAGGCGUUCCUGGUUGGUACCAAAAGCAGAAACAGAAACUUAAAUGA